AUGCUGCAGCUGCCCUCUCAGGAAGUAGGCACGCCCAUUCCCGAUAACACAGCCCAUGCUAUUUCUGUGACUUUACCUACUUGGGAGGCCACGGUCGGUUAUGAAGAAGGCCAGGAAUGGGUCACCAGUAAGAUGAAUUCUGGAUACCCCAGGUUUUUCAUUCAUCUGAUUAUUCAAGAUUUGGCGAAAGCUAUUGAAUCCAAGUAUGGGCGUGAGGGCGAGAGAUGUAUGAUCUUUCCAUCUUACAACACGGCCAAGAGGUGUCGUGAGUUCAUCAAGCAGAAGACCGAGACUCCAAACAUAUUGGUCAGAGUGUUACGUUUGAGAACACCCGCUCCCACUACUGAUUUUGAAAAGUCUUCCGUGAUCGAGUCCGAAAUCGGUAUUGUUCUUUUCCCAGCCUCGGAAUUUCCUUUGGCUAAGCAGUACUGGCAGCACUCCGGUGAAGGUAUCUCAUCUAGAAUGGGUGAAUACGUCUUGAAAGAGUUGUUUGACAACGAGGGCAAAGACCAGGCUAGAGCAAGGUCAAGAAAUAAACAAGAGCUUCAGGCUCAGAGCAUACAGAAGAAAUCUCCCUCUAUCUCCGCAUCCAUGAGAUCCAACUCCUUGGGCCAGAACGAGGAGGCUGAGAGAGAAUUCAACACUUUCAUUGAGCAAAAGUAUGGAAGAGUGCUUGACUUGAAAUUUUCCAAGGAAGCUAAGUUGGCAUUGAGAAGACGUAUCUGUGGUAAGGCCGACAAAUCACACAAUCAGGAGGAGGAAAUGGACAAGGCUAGAAGAGGCAAGUUUCUUAGUGAAACGGAUGUCUACCUUUAUCCAACGGGAAUGGCCUCUAUCUUCAAUGCUCACCAGGCCGUGCUCGCCGUUGAAGAGAAUCCCAAGAAAUCUGUCUGUUUCGGCUUCCCAUACGUUGAUACUCUCAACAUCUUAAAGAAAUUUGGUCCGGGCUGCUAUUUUCUCGGUCAUGGCGACGAUGCUUCCUUGGAUACUCUCGAAGCCGAAUUGAAGUCUGGCGAGACCGAAAUCUCUGCUUUGUUCUGUGAGUGUCCAUCGAAUCCACUUCUCAAGACGCCAGACUUGCAACGCAUCAAAGCUCUUUCCGAAAAAUACAACUUCCUUGUGAUUGUGGACGAGACCGUGGGUAACUUUUUGAAUAUUUCUGUGUUGCCAUAUGCCGAUAUGGUGGUAUCCUCGCUUACCAAGGUUUUCUCUGGAGAUUCUAACGUGAUGGGUGGCUCGCUUAUUUUGAACCCAUUGUCGGAGAACUACAAGCGGUUGAAACAGUACUUCGAUGAGAACUAUGAGGAUCUUUAUUGGGCCGAGGAUGCGCUUUACCUCGAAAGAAAUUCCAGAGAUUUCGAGGCCAGAGCACGCAUCAUUGACCAGAAUGCUGAAGAGGUUGUCAAAUUGCUACAGGAUAGCGAUAUUAUCUCGGAGGUUUUCUACCCACGCUUAUCGCCCUCCAAGCACCAUUAUGACACAGUCAAAACACCAAAUGGUGGCUACGGUGGAUUGAUGUCCAUGUUGUUCAAGGAACCCAGACAAGGCAUCACAUUCUUCAAUGCCGUCAACUUGCAUAAGGGUCCAUCUUUGGGCACCAACUUCACGUUGGCCUGUCCAUACUCCAUUCUCGCCCACUACCAGGAGCUCGACGAGAUCGAGAAAUGGGGAGUUGAUAGAAAUUUGGUGAGAAUAAGCAUCGGCAUCGAGGACAAGGACGAGCUCCUCGGUGUAUUGAGAAGCAGUUUGGAAGUCGCUGCCAAAGAAGUAUAG